AUGGGGGAGAAAGUUUCGGAGGCGCCGGAGCCGGUGCCUCGCGGCUGCAGCGGCCACGGCCCCGGAGCUCCCGCCCCUGCGGUGGCCGCCGCGUCCUCUCCAGGCGCUUCCUCGGCCGAGUCCUCCUCGGGUUCAGAAACUCUGUCGGAGGAAGGGGAGCCCGGCGGCUUCUCCCGCGAGCAGCAGCCGCCGCCGCCGCCGCCGCCGCCGCCGGGCGGCGCCGUGAGAGCCCGGCCGCCGGCCGCGUGGGCUCCCGCGCGCGUGGUGCUUGAGCUUGGAGUCUGUGCGCCGCCGCCGCAGCUCUCCGGAGGAACCGCGCUACCCGCGCCCCGGGGAAGCAGCGCGUCCCAGGAAGAGCAGGACGAGGAGCUUGACCACAUACUCUCCCCACCACCCAUGCCGUUUCGGAAAUGCAGCAAUCCAGAUGUGACUUCUGGCCCUGCAAAGUCACUGAAGUUUAAAAGACAGCUGAGUGAGGAUGGUCGAGAGCUGCGGCGGGGUAGCCUGGGAGGUGCUCUGACAGGGAGGUACCUCCUUCCAAACCCUGUAGCCGGGCAGGCCUGGCCAGCCUCUGCGGAGACGUCCAACCUCGUGCGCAUGCGCAGCCAGGCCCUGGGCCAGUCGGCACCGUCGCUCACCGCCAGCCUGAAGGAGCUCAGUCUCCCCAGAAGAGGAAGUUUUUGCCGAACAAGCAACCGGAAAAGCUUGAUAGGCAAUGGACAGUCACCAGCACUGCCUCGACCACACUCACCUCUCUCUGCUCAUGCAGGAAACAGCCCUCAAGAUAGUCCAAGAAAUUUCUCCCCCAGUGCCUCAGCCCAUUUCUCAUUUGCACGGAGGACUGAUGGACGCCGCUGGUCCUUGGCUUCUCUCCCCUCCUCGGGCUAUGGGACAAACACGCCCAGCUCCACAGUCUCUUCCUCCUCUUCCUCCCAGGAGAAGCUGCAUCAGUUACCCUACCAACCAACGCCAGAUGAAUUGCACUUCCUGUCGAAACAUUUUUGUACUACCGAAAGCAUUGCCACAGAAAACAGAUGCAGGAACACGCCUAUGCGCCCCCGUUCUCGAAGUCUGAGCCCUGGACGUUCUCCCGCCUGCUGUGACCAUGAAAUAAUUAUGAUGAACCAUGUCUACAAAGAGAGGUUCCCAAAGGCUACAGCUCAGAUGGAAGAACGUCUGAAGGAAAUUAUCACCAGCUACUCCCCUGACCACGUUCUUCCUCUAGCAGAUGGAGUGCUUAGUUUCACUCACCACCAGAUUAUUGAACUGGCUCGAGAUUGCUUGGAUAAAUCCCACCAGGGUCUCAUCACCUCACGAUACUUCCUUGAAUUACAGCACAAAUUAGAUAAAUUGCUACAAGAGGCUCAUGAUCGUUCAGAAAGUGGAGAAUUGGCAUUUAUUAAACAACUAGUUCGAAAGAUCCUAAUUGUUAUUGCCCGCCCAGCUCGGUUAUUGGAGUGCCUGGAAUUUGAUCCUGAAGAAUUUUACUACCUAUUGGAAGCAGCAGAAGGCCAUGCAAAAGAAGGACAGGGUAUUAAAACCGACAUUCCCAGGUACAUCAUUAGCCAGCUGGGGCUCAAUAAGGAUCCUUUGGAAGAAAUGGCUCAGUUGGGAAACUAUGAUAGUGGGACAGCAGAAACACCAGAAACAGAUGAAUCAGUGAGUAGCUCAAAUGCUUCCCUGAAACUUCAAAGGAAACCUCGGGAAAGUGAUUUUGAAACGAUUAAAUUGAUUAGCAAUGGAGCCUAUGGGGCAGUCUACUUUGUGCGGCAUAAGGAAUCCCGGCAGAGAUUUGCUAUGAAGAAGAUUAACAAACAGAACCUCAUCCUCCGAAACCAGAUCCAGCAGGCCUUCGUGGAACGGGAUAUCCUGACUUUCGCAGAGAACCCCUUUGUCGUCAGCAUGUACUGCUCCUUUGAAACAAGGCGCCACCUAUGCAUGGUCAUGGAAUACGUGGAAGGAGGUGACUGUGCUACAUUAAUGAAGAACAUGGGGCCUCUCCCUGUUGAUAUGGCCAGGAUGUACUUUGCUGAGACGGUCUUGGCCUUGGAAUAUCUACAUAAUUAUGGAAUUGUACACAGGGAUUUGAAACCAGACAAUUUGCUGGUCACCUCCAUGGGGCACAUAAAGCUGACAGAUUUUGGAUUAUCCAAGGUGGGACUAAUGAGCAUGACCACCAAUCUUUAUGAGGGUCAUAUCGAGAAGGAUGCUCGAGAGUUCCUGGACAAACAGGUCUGUGGCACACCUGAAUACAUUGCACCAGAAGUGAUUCUGAGGCAGGGCUAUGGGAAGCCAGUGGACUGGUGGGCCAUGGGGAUUAUCCUCUAUGAAUUUCUGGUUGGAUGCGUGCCAUUCUUCGGGGAUACUCCAGAAGAGCUAUUUGGACAAGUCAUCAGUGAUGAGAUCAACUGGCCAGAGAAGGACGAGGCCCCGCCCCCUGAUGCCCAGGAUCUGAUUACCUUGCUUCUUAGGCAGAAUCCCCUGGAGAGACUGGGAACAGGUGGUGCUUACGAAGUCAAACAGCAUCGAUUCUUCCGCUCUUUAGACUGGAACAGUUUGCUGAGACAGAAGGCAGAAUUUAUUCCCCAGCUGGAAUCCGAGGAUGACACAAGUUAUUUUGAUACUCGGUCAGAGAAGUAUCAUCACAUGGAGACAGAGGAAGAGGAUGACACAAAUGAUGAAGACUUUAAUGUGGAAAUAAGGCAGUUUUCCUCCUGUUCACACAGGUUUUCAAAAGUUUUCAGCAGCAUAGACCGAAUAACUCAGAAUUCUGGAGAAGAGAAGGAAGACCCCGGAGACAAGACCAAAAGCACUGUAUUGCCGUCCACAGAGACGUUCAGCUGGAGCUCGGAAUAUUCUGAAAUGCAACAGUUAUCCACAUCCAACUCUUCAGAUACUGAAAGCAACAGACAUAAACUCAGUUCUGGCCCACUUCCCAAACUGGCUAUUUCAACAGAGGCAGAGAAAGAUGAAGCUGCUCCCUGCCCCAGAGACCUGCCCGAGGAGCCAGAAAAGCCAUCCCUUCCUCCUGCAGAGUGCGCUCAGGAGGAGCCCGAGGUCACCACGCCAGCCAGUACCAUCAGCAGCUCCACACUGUCGGUUGGCAGUUUUUCAGAGCACUUGGAUCAGAUAAAUGGACGAAGCGAGUGUGUGGACAGUACAGAUAAUUCCGCAAAGCCAUCCAGUGAACCCGCUUCGCACAUGGCCCGGCAGCGAUUAGAAAGCACAGAAAAAAAGAAAAUCUCGGGGAAAGUCACAAAGUCCCUUUCUGCCAGUGCUCUGUCCCUCAUGAUCCCAGGAGAUAUGUUUGCUGUUUCUCCACUGGGGAGUCCAAUGUCCCCCCAUUCCCUGUCCUCGGACCCUUCUUCUUCACGAGACUCCUCUCCCAGCCGAGAUUCAUCAGCAGCGUCCGCCAGUCCACAUCAGCCUGUUGUGAUCCACAGUUCCGGGAAGAACUAUGGUUUUACCAUCCGAGCCAUCCGGGUGUAUGUGGGAGACAGUGACAUCUACACGGUGCACCAUAUUGUUUGGAAUGUAGAAGAAGGAAGUCCAGCAUGCCAGGCAGGACUGAAGGCUGGGGAUCUGAUCACACACAUCAAUGGAGAACCGGUGCAUGGACUUGUCCACACGGAAGUUAUAGAGCUCUUGCUAAAGAGUGGAAAUAAGGUGUCAAUCACUACUACCCCGUUUGAAAACACAUCAAUCAAAACGGGACCAGCCAGGAGAAACAGCUAUAAGAGCCGGAUGGUGAGGCGGAGCAAGAAAUCUAAAAAGAAAGAAAGUCUAGAAAGGAGAAGAUCCCUUUUCAAAAAACUAGCCAAGCAGCCUUCUCCUUUGCUCCACACCAGCCGAAGUUUCUCCUGCUUGAACCGGUCCCUGUCAUCGGGGGAGAGCCUCCCGGGUUCCCCCACGCACAGCUUGUCUCCCCGGUCCCCCACACCCAGCUAUCGCUCCACCCCUGACUUCCCAUCAGGUACUAAUUCUUCCCAAAGCAGCUCCCCAAGCUCUAGUGCCCCCAAUUCCCCAGCAGGGUCAGGACACAUCCGACCCAGUACCCUUCAUGGCCUGGCCCCCAAACUCAGCGGACAGCGCUACCGGUCGGGAAGGCGCAAGUCGGCUGGUAGCAUCCCUCUCUCCCCACUGGCCAGGACCCCCUCUCCAACGCCACAGCCCACCUCCCCCCAGCGGUCACCAUCCCCUCUGUUGGGACAUUCGCUUGGCAAUUCCAAGAUCGCUCAAGCCUUCCCCAACAAAAUGCACUCACCGCCCACCAUCGUCAGACAUAUCGUGAGGCCAAAGAGCGCAGAGCCCCCAAGGUCCCCGUUGCUCAAGCGCGUGCAGUCGGAGGAGAAGCUCUCCCCCUCCUAUGGCAGUGACAAAAAGCACCUGUGCUCCCGCAAGCACAGCCUGGAGGUGACCCAGGAGGAAGUGCAGCGGGAACAGCCUCAGCGGGAGGUGACCUUGCAGAGCUUGGAGGAGAACAUGUGUGACACACCCUCACUCAGCCGCGCCAGGCCCGUUGAGCAAGGCUGCCUGAAGCGCCCUGUCUCCCGAAAGCUGGGGAGACAGGAGUCUGUGGACGAGCUGGACCGAGAGAAGCUGAAGGCCAAGGUGGUAGUGAAGAAACCGGAUGGGUUCCUGGAGAAACAGGAACCCCAACAGAAAUCCCAUGGACUUGGUAGUGAUUUAGAAAACCUCUCGACUUUGAGGCUGGAAGAGAGAGAGAAGAAAAUAUACCCAAAGGCUUUAGAAAGGUCAAACCAUUUUGAAAACAAAGGGGCCUUGCAGGAGACCCAGUCCCUGGGCAGUUUGCUGAAGGGGGCUCUUCACAAGCAGGCCAGCGUUCGGGUCAGCGAGGGGGUGACCUCAGAAGGGGCAGCAACGAGCCAUGUCCUGGCCCCCGGGGACCACAGCCAGGGCAUCUGUGACUUCAAGCGCACCUCUGCUGCCAGCACCCUCCAGGACAGUCUCUGUCACUCCACAGACAGGUCCAGCUCCACGAAGGGGGAGAACGUGGAGAAGGCCUCCCAGGCCAAGGAUUGUCUCCGAUGUGAGAAGUUAGACAGCAAACUGGCCAACAUCGAUUACCUCCGAAAGAAAGUGUCCCUUGAAGACAAAGAUGACAGCCCGUGCUCUGUGCUCAAGCCCAAGAUGACCUCGAGUGCCCAUGAAAGCCUGCCUGGGAACCCCGUCCGGGCUGUGGGUGGACAGCAGGAGGCCCUGCCAGCCUCUGAGAGCCGAGCGUUCAUCAGCAGUGCCCACCCGGCUCAGAUCAGUGCUGCUGCUUUUGUCCCUCUCAAGGCCCUCGCUGGCCGGGUGGAUGGUGGAGGGGAAAAGCCAGGCUUGGUCGCUCCUGAGUCACCUGUCCGCAAAAGCCCCUCUGAGUAUAAGAUGGAAGGUAGGUCCGUGUCCUGCCUGAAGCCAAUUGAGGGCACUCUGGAUAUUGCGCUCCUGUCUGGACCUCAGGCCUCCAAGACAGAGCUGCCGUCCCCGGAGCCUGCACAGAGCCCCAGCCCAGCCAGUGAUGUGGGGCCCUCUGUGCCACCAGCUCUCCCCAGCGGCGGGAGCAUGAAGGGUGACACAGCGGGUCAGAGGGAGCCUUCCCCUGCCAGCUUCAGGAUGAGUAAGUCCUACCUGUUGGAGUCCCGGUUCCCCUCCUCUAGCCGGGCUCUCCAGAAUUCACCAGCAGCUUCCUUGCCUGAGCCAGACCUAAAGCGGGACAGGAAAGCUUCUCAUGCUGCCAGGAGCCCAGUGACGGUCAUGGAAAGCAAUCCCCAGCAGAAGGAGGGGGGCCCCAGCAAACACCAAGACCACAGCCCCGACAUUAAACUGCUCCCCUUCCUGGGGCAGAACCCCCACAGCACUGACCCAUCCAGGUCCCGCAGCCUGCUGCCCCCUGAAAGUACCCCCUCGAGAGAGAAGCUGAGCGGGAGGGAAUCCUCUGAAAGGGGCCCUUCCGCAGCCAGAAGCGAGCGGUCUGCUCUGAGGGUUGACUCCCAAAGAGACCCCUCCACCGAGCUGUGUCCUCCAGAAGCUGCUAAAACCCGUGAUGAUUCCAGAAACCUCCCCUCUGGGGGAAGGCCCCGCCCUGACUGCUACACACAGCCCCACCCCACAGAGAAAGCGUGGGGGUCUUGUGGCAAAGCAAGCCCCAGAGAUGGCCGCGUAGAGGUGAGGCCUCUGGCGAGGGAAGACUCUCAUUUGCCUUCAGCAGGGACUCCUGAGAAGGAGCUGGGCAGAGGAAGAGGUGGCACGGAGCCCCAGCCAGAAGCCCCUCCUGCCCGGCGUUCCCAGCCGCCACCCGGCCCUGAGAAUGGGAGAGGAGACCUCCUCUCUGGUUUCCCUGUCUUGCCGAGAGACAGUCCCAAGGAGCUGGAAGGGAAGGAACAGCCUCCGCAGAAGCAUGUCAGCGGUAGCUCUCAGCCAGUCCCAGUUACCAAAGAACUGCACGGCCUGGCGGCUCGGCCACACAGCAGCUCGCUGAGCCACAGCUCAGGCGGAGAGCCCGGGGGCAAGCCCUGUGCUGCAGAACCCGGCCUGGGCCUCCAGGGCCCUCCCAAGCCGACCACAGCGCACAGUGAAAACAGCAGCCACAAGCCCAGGCCUGGCCCUGACCCGAGCCCUCCAAAGUCGAAGCACCCAGACAGGGCCCUCUCCUCCCAGAAGCCGAGCAGUGGUCCUGCAGUGGGCAGAGAGCCUGGUUCUCAGCCCCCUGCUGGCCCCAGCCGAGAGGGGAAGGGCUGCAGCAAGGGCAUCUUGGAUGCGUUCCCUGCCCUCCCAGGUUUCCAGAACACAGUUAGCGAUGCGAUGGGCCAGGGAGGAGGUGGACCCUCAGUCCCACUGCAGGCCGAAGGGGGUCUUCUAGACACCAGGCUAAAACCCGCCAGUUUUGGGCAUCCCCCGGAGGGGCUAGAGAAGCCCACGCUCCCGCCAUGGCAAAGACGCCCAGGAGUAGAUGAGUUGGUAGAGCAGAAACCCGCCACUGUCAGUGAAAAGCAAAACCUGUCUCCAAAGCACCCCAAACCAUCCACUGUGAAAGACUGCCCACCUCUGUGCAAACAGACAGACGUGAGUCCAAGUUCACUGGCCACCACUACCACUGACAGGAAGUCUGAGGGCAAGAAAUGCACUGAAGCACUUUAUGUCGCCACAGAGAGUGGGAAGCCUGAGGCCAGCCUUCCCCUGGCACCCAGCGAGGCCAGGCCAAAAGGCACAGAGAGGCCAGCAGCUGCUGUUGGGAAGGGCUUGUCAGAGGCCAAGGGGAAAGGGCUGAGUGCCCAGAAGCCGCUGAAUGAGGCAGGCAAGCCCAGUGGCAUGAAGCGGUCACCCUCGGCCACUGGGCAGAGCUCUUUGCGAUCCACUGCCCUCCCGGAGAAGUCUCUGAGUUACUCUUCCAGCUUUCCUGAAGCCAGACCAGGGGCGCGAGAGGCCACCAUGAGUGGCAGUGACGCAUCUUCCACCAAGGCUGGCGGGGCUGCGGCUAAGGCCCUGCCGGGGGGAGAUGGCAGAACCCACAUGACCAAGAGUGACUCCUUGCCAUCUUUUCGGAGCCCCACCGUCACUCUGGAAUUGCACCACCCUGGCCCGAGUGUGGCGGGGGGUGUCGGCCACCGGGACAGGGCCCUGUCAGUAACUGCCCCCGCAGGAGAAACCAAAGGGAAAGAGCCUGUCCCAACCCAGCCCCCUCAGACUCGGAAACAGAACCCGGGCAGAGAAGUCACCAAGGCGUCCCCAGCUCCAAACCCUGACCGGCCCAUCACCCUUUCUUCUGAGAAGGACUUUGUGGUCCGGCAGAGGCGGGGGAAAGAGAGUGUGCGUAGCAGCCCUCACAAAAAGGCCUCGUAGUGGGGCAGGCCCCAGGCCGGACUGGGGAGACCCGACCUGAAUGUGUACCUGAGUCUUGACUACCUUUCGAAACCAGCACUGUGUGGCAACGCCCGCCGGGCAGAGCCUGGAGCCUCACUGCAGAUGGACGGGGAGAGGGAGAGAAAGUCAGAAAGAAAGAGGGGACCUUCUUCCAAUUGCCUUCCCGAUCGUUACCGGUAAAACUGUUACCAGAUAGUGUUUGUACAAACAACAACAACGGAAUAACCUUUACAGUUGAGGGUUGCUGAGGAAAAAGAUUUUCUCUGUAAAUACCUAGCAAUGUGUUUGGUUUGGGACUGAGAGUCGGUACCUUGCUGCUGUGAUUGCGUUGUUUACCACAGCUUUGUUUUGUUUGUUUGUUUGUUUGUUUUUUUCCCCAGUUAAGAUUUUUGCUUUACCACUUAUCAUAACGUAGUAAUGAAGCAAAACGGUUAAAAAUGGGUGUAUUAAAAAGUAGAGCUACGCUCCUAUUCGUGUACAUACGCACCCACCCACAUGUUUUGGUCUGUGGUUUAAGAGAGUAUUUCAAGGCUACAUUUUUCUAAGUUAAAGCAUUCUAAGUAGAGUUAAAGGUGGAAGAAAGUCCUAGAUACAGUAGAUCGUGAGUUUUUGUGUGUACUUUUCAGGAGAGAUUUUGGUAGUACUGUAUCUGGCUACCUGUGUUUCCAGAUCCGAAAGCAAGAACUACUCUAAUCACCGCCUUUGGAAGCUUUCCUCCGUUAGGAAUGGCCGGAACCAAGGGAGCUAACCAUUGUCACUGCACAGCCAUCCCGGUGGACGUUCUGAUCCUGGGUCCAACUGUCUGAAAGGCCAGUUGUCCUUAUCUGUGAGUGUGUGUGUGGGGUCCUCACCCUCGCUGGAGUGUGGGCUAUAAACGCACAUCAACUUUACUGCUCUUACUUUCCCUUCUUUUUCUUUCCACGCUCUUAAACUCAGGCCUUUAUGCUAUGAGUCACUAGUCCAAGAAGCACACAUUUCGUAGGGCUUUUGGACCAGCCCUGCUCUUGAACAAAAAGGAGAAUUACUGGCCGCACACAAAUCUGACAGUGCUUAAAUCAAGUAAGAAGGAUCAGGCAUUGGAAGAGGUUUUUAAAUUUUGCUUUUUUUGAGGGGGAAAAAGGGGGUGGAUUUUGGCAUCAUAGCAUAUAUAUUAAUGAAUAAUCAGGACAUCAGAUACAUUUUAAUACAUAGCUGGGGCCUUAUGUUGUAGAUGAAGCUUGCUGUUUUUAGCAAGUUCCUGGGUUUCACAUUCAUUUCUGAUGCAUCGAGUAGCUCCAUACAUUACAUAACACGAUCUCUUUAUUUGUAUGCAAAAAAAUAAAUAAAUAAAUACUGUAUUAAUAAAGAGCAGCAUUUUUUUAAUAAAAAAAAAAGAUUUGGUGGAGCUAUUUGGUGCUUGAAUGUGUCCUUUUUACUUUUGCUAAGCCUUAUUUAAAUUUUGUAUACCAUGGAAUAUGUAGAAUUUGUCAAAUCAUUUUAGUGCUGAGGGGGUUUUUUGUUUGUUUUCGUUGCAGUUGUCCUGGUGGCUUGUUUUGUAUUGUAAGACGACACUUGCUGACAUAAGUACUAAAGGCACUAAGAGAAAAUACACACAGAUAAGUCUUUAUAAGAUGUUUGGGAUCCAUAGCAGGAUUUUUGUUCUGUUUUGUUUUUCAAAAGAAAAAAAUACUACCGAUAAAUACUAAUUCAGCACCCAGACCCCCUCGGAUGUCUUAGUAUCUUCAAGCUAUAAAAUUGUUCCUCUAAGCACAGCUUCUGGAUUAUAAAUUAUUUAGCGAGGCUGUAAACCCUGCUCUAAAAAGAAAGGCAUAACUUAACUGACUGCUUGGUUGUCCUUCAUUGUACAAUGAGAUGGCAAUGGAAAAAAAUAAAUAAAAGUAAAAAAGUCUCCUCCUUGCCCCUGAUUUUUUUUCCCCACGUAGUUUCAGCUCUUCCCCAUCGCUCUGUCAUGAAACUGUAGAAGAAAUACGAAUUGUAAAAGAACCCAAAUGGGUUUCCAAAGUGGUCUCAACAUUUAUAAUUCAUAUCUGUGUUUGGUGGUUGUCAUAACCCAGUCUUCUGUAUCCAGACACCUCGACAGAUGUAUCGGGGAGGUAGUUCAUGGUUUACAGCCUUUGCUUUUUAACUGUCCAGUUUCCUUUAAAGCACAACUAGCUGCUCGUUUACAAAUGAUAUUUUUAUGUAUAUUUUGUAUAGUGUAUUAUCAUUUUUGCCAAAUACGUUUUUGCAUUUUGGAUGAGUAAAGAGUACUUCAGGUUGCAUUCAUGUAAUACCUGUUUGUUGUUGUAAACCUCUCCAGUCAGCUGGUAGGAAUUCUCCUGUGUUCUCUCCAGUCAGUCUCCUGUGAUUGUAAGAUGUGCUCCUCGGUAGAACUCCCAGCUGUAGGUUGACCAGCUUCAAAGUCUGUUAGGAUCUGUGCAAUAAAGUGUUUGCAGUCUUAUUUUCUCUAAGAAGUUCCCUAUGGAUGUCCUAAUUGUUGUAUAUUGAACAAAUAUUUAUACUUAUGCAGUUGCAUAACAUUGAAAUAAAAAUUUAGCAUGAAAAGAUAA